AUGUGCCUCUUCCCAUAUUGCUCCUUGGUGCUCGGUCAGCUCACCAUGGCUAGCUCCAUAGUACUGUUGUUGCUCCUCAUUGCUCUAGCUCUUCUAUCUGUAUCCGCUAAUCUUGUUAGCAUCGAUUGUGGGUCAUCGGAUUCCUACACAGAUGAAAAUUCAAUAAAAUGGGUAGGAGACGACGACUUUGUUCAAAAUGGCAAGUCUCAAGUGGUGCAAACCACCAAUGGAGUGUCUCAUGUAAUGGGCACCUUGAGGGUGUUUUCAACUAGGAAAAAAAACUGUUACUCCAUCAAAGCAGAAAAGGGCUCUCAAUUUCUUGUGCGUGCAAGUUUUUAUUAUGGAAACUACGACAAAAAGUCAGCUCCUCCUAGCUUUGAUCUUCAAUUGGAUGGAAACUAUUGGAACACCAUUCAAACUUCAGCUGAAGGUGUUGUGUAUGAUGAAGUUAUAUAUAUCACGAAAGGUGAUUCUAUAGAGCUUUGUCUUGCUCAGACGCAGCCUAACCAGCUUCCGUUCAUAUCGGCAAUUGAGAUCCGGGGCUUGGCCUCGGAAAUGUACAACCAUGUUGAUUCGGAAUAUGCCAUGCUUCUCACAAGAAGGGUUGCUUAUGGUGCAACUGAAGCUAUAAGGGUUAAAAGCGUUUUUCAGAUGAGCAAAAGCUCCUAA